CUAUAUACGAAUUAUCAUUUACGCAUGCAGAUGCAAGCACAUGCAAGAUAUGAACAGGUAUCUUGAAUGAAUGCCAAAACAUGUUUCUGAUUCCUGUGAUGCUGCUUUUACAAUUAGGAUUGCAAGAUGCUGUAAGAAGUACGAGUUCUGAAAUCCAGCGUGAAAUUAAGAUUGCAAGACUCCAAGAAUCGUUUACUUUAAAUUGUACCUACAACUGUUCCAGUGGAUUCGCUCGUGGUUACUGGAAAUGGGAAGAAACUCCAGUAUGUAGCAAGUGCCACUGGAAUCAUAAAACAUUAACAUUAGGAGACAUGUGCACUGUGAGCAUAUACACAGCUCAUCUAAUUAUGGAGCAAACGCAUUAUAACUAUUCUUGCUUUUCUGAAGAGAGUGACAAACCGGGCAUUCCGUGGAAAACAGAGCUUCUGGUAACGCUGCAAGUUCACGAUGAAUCCAAAGAACAAGUAACACCUCCUACAGGACAAGCUGAUCUAGGUCCAUCUUUAAGAGUAGAGUCGUAUAGGGGUCAGGUGAAGUCAGAUGAGGUACUUACAUCAUUUUCCACUAUUGAAGUGAUGGCAGGAACCUCACUCAUACUUCACUGUGUUGCCAUUGAAUUCAAACACUGUGAGGUCCAGUGGGUCAGAGAAAACAGUACCCUCCCUUUGACCCCGAAAAAUGACAGUGUAAUACAGUGGAGUGAAAUCAAAGGAGAGGACAGUGGACGAUACAGGUGCCAAACUAAAGGGACUUGCACAAAGCAGGCUUUCACUGUGGAUAUAGAGGUUAACACAAUAGAUGGAUUCACCUGGGCCAAGGUCUUCGCAGCUUUUGCAGUGUCUGCAGUGGUUGUCCUGACGGCCCAUCUGGUGUAUCUGUGUUACAGAAGAGGGUGUAAGAUAAUGGAUUCCACUAACAUAGUCCAUGAAAGGGAUCCAUCCAGAAAUGCUGUGGUGAUGAGGCCAAUUGCUCAAGACAGCCAGAGUGAUCAUGAAGUCCCUUACGCUGAUAUUGUGAUCUCUGUGAGGGGAUCCAGCAAUCCGGAUCUAUCUGACACCUUUACCCAGACUUCAAAAAACCAAAGACCGAGAUGGAGAGAUGAGGCCAGAGCAGGACUACUGCAUGCUUCAGCUGACAGACUGCACAUCCACUCUAAAGAGGUCACUAGAAAAUUAAGCACAACGUCUGAAUAUGCUGUAAUUACCUACUCCUCUGAGGCUCUUAGUUAGUUACUUCAAAAAACUGUAUCUCUAACAAAAAAAGAAGGCAAAAUGUGAA